UGUAUUAGCAUUACAAUGUAUAACGUUACCAUUGAGUGGGUUUAUCAGUUUUCAACCAAACACCACUUUUUGUCUCUGAAGUCAGUAGAAGCAUCAAUAGGAGGAAAUGCCUACCAGCACAGCAGAGUGAACCAGUGGACCGCCAGCGUAGUGGAGCAGUGCCUCAGUCAACUCAGCAAGCUAGGGAAGUCUUUCAAAUAUAUUGUAACCUGUAUCAUCAUGCAGAAAAAUGGAGCAGGUCUGCAAACAGCCAGCGCAUGCUUCUGGGACAACUCUACUGAUGGAAGUUGUGCAGUGAGAUGGGAGAACAAGUCCAUGUACUGUAUCGUCAAUGUUUUUGGGCUGGGCAUCUGAAUCAACUACUUGUACCUGAAGUGUUUGAAAUGUAUACUAUUAUUAUUACAUAUUUGAGAACCAGUAUGUAAUGAUAGCUAUAUAUUAAAUAAACUGUUGUGUUUUUUUA